UGAUUAUUUGAUAGGUUGAUAAAGGAACUAAUAGAAACUCUCCACAUGUGACAUUUGUCAUGCAGUAUGAAGUAUCCCACCUUUCUAUAUAUAUGUACAGACAUCACCUCUAGGGCUAUAACCUUCAAUCCCUUCCUCAAUGAAUAAACAAAUUAACUUCGUUCUCUUUUAUGCCCUAUUCUGCUUCAUUUAUAUAUUUCCAGAAGGUAGUGCAGUGAAAGCAUCACACAGACAGCAGCACAACAACUCAGUGAAGCUUUUUGCUUUUGGAGACUCAUAUGCUGAUACUGGAAACUGGGAAAAGCCUGCAAUUUCAUGGAAAGAGCCUUAUGGAAUUACAUUUCCUGGUAAACCGGCCGGUCGAUUUUCCGAUGGUCGCAUCUUAACAGAUUAUUUAGCAUCAAAUCUUGGGAUAAAAUCUCCAGAACCAUACCAACGGUGGAAAAGUAGAAAAGGAUCUCGUCUACAAUUUGGAAUGAAUUUUGCAUAUGGAGGAACUGGUGUGUUUGACACUUUAAACAACGCACCAAAAAUGGCCACCCAAAUCAACUUUUUUCAACAGCUACUAGAAGAAAAAGUGUACACCAAACAAGACCUUAAAUUUUCCGUUGCCUUUGUAUCAGUAGCAGGAAAUGACUACAAUACUUAUCUUUAUAAAAAUGGAGCCCUUGAGGAUAUGUCAAAUUUCACUGCAUCGCUUAUCAAACAACUUUCCACUAAUCUAAAACGAAUCCAUGGUCUUGGAGUGCAAAAGGUAGCAGUCACAUCAUUGCAGCCGAUAGGGUGCUUGCCUGAAUUGGCUGCUUCAUCUUCAUAUCAAAAUUGCAGUGAAAGCUUGAAUGCUGCCUCAGAGUUCCACAACCUGAUAUUGCAACAGGCAGUGCAAAAGCUGAACAAUGAGAGUCAGAAACAUGUUGUAUACGAAAUUUUGGAUCUUUAUAGCGCAUUCAUGUCUGCAUUCAGCGAAGCCCGCCGGACAGCUGCAGGAAGCUUGAACUAUGGAAGUCCACUGAAGCCAUGUUGUAGGGGAGUCUCAAGAGAUUACUCAUGCGGGGACGUAGACAAAAAUGGGGCAAAGAAGUAUGAGGUAUGCGAUAACCCAGAGUUGUCAGUGUUCUGGGAUAUGGUACACCCUUCCCAAAAUGGCUGGCAUCUAGUUUAUUUGGCUCUGCAGCCUUCUCUUCACCGCCUCUCUUGAAUAUUUGGAUUACAUACUUUUAUUUAGUUUUGGAAAAUGAAUGAGAUGAUCUCUUUUAGAUACUUUUCAAAAUACUAUUAUUAUUAUUUAUGUAUUUAUUUAGCAACUUUUGGAUGUUGUAUUUCUUUUUUUCUUUUUUAAAUAUCUAUUUAUUAUGUUCAAGCAUUAUGCAUAUUGAUAUUGUUAAGGAAUCUGUUACAACUGAUUCCUUUCGAGAUAAUAUUGCUUAGCUGUUUCAUAUAUUCUUAUAGAUAUUUAUCUGUUAUGAAUCUUUUUAUAUAUUUUCUGUUUAUAAUUUGAAAUUUAAAGUAGAUCAAAUACUGUAUCAAAUACUGUAUAAAUAUCAUUAAGAAUAUUAAUGAAAAAUCAUUGAUUAGAGUUAUUAUCAAACACCUCUUCUUCUUCUUUUUGUAUUUUUCUUCAUGGUAUCAGAGCUCAAACUCUGAUCGAUAUUCUACAUUUCUUUUAAAUUGCU